AUGACGGAUCACCAUGGAAAAAUCCCCAAAGACUAUGUGCGUUUGGGUUCUCAUAUCACGCUCAAACAUGUAAUGACUGGCAGAUUUCUCGCUAGUCAAAAACAGAAUUAUCAUGGUGGUUCUCAGCAACAACAAGUUUUUGGUAACCGAUGGACACCAGGCCCUGAUGAUUAUUGGAUCGUGAUGCCAGCACACAAACAUGAUGGCGAACCCGGCGCUAAAAUACGAUACGGUGAUGGAAUCCGAUUGAAACAUGUUACAACUCGGCGUAAUUUGCACUCCCAUAAUGGAUUCAAGUCACCGGUAUCGAACCAACAAGAAGUAACCUGCUUUGGAGACGAUCACAACAGCGAUAGCAAUGAUAACUGGAUAGUACAACGACACAGCUACAAUCAAGUUUACGAAAAGUCGCAAUGGCAUGUAGACGAUAUAAUAUCGUUGCAUCAUGCGAAUACCAAGUUAGCGCUUCAUAGUCACGAUAUUGCGCUCGAUGGCGAACAUCAAGAAGUCACUUGUUUCGGUAAUGGACAUGAAGAAAAUGAUAAGUGGCGAAUUACGUUCAGUUAA